UGUGUAUUUUUUUUUUGUAAGCAUUAAUUAUUAAUGUGUAGUUGAUUCAACAGUGAUGUUUCUUCUAUGAGGAAUGUGUUGAAGGUCCCACAAAGAGCCAAUGAUGUUUCAGUCAUGCUUAUUCUUUUGGGGUGUUUUUGUUUCGAUGAUUUUUCUAAAAGAAUUCAACUUUGUGUGCAGUUCUUGUUUCGAGGUUCCAAGUAACUGCAUCAAACAGGGGCCUUGCAGGAGCAUGAGUCAGUAAACUUCAAACAAGGGAGUGUUGUGAGAAAAAUUUGUUACGGUUGCAGUGGCAAGCAUGACAAGAGGAAGACCAGAUGUGAAAUCAAGAAAAAGAUUGUUCACAACUGUGUUGGUUUUGGUGAUUAUUGGUGCUUUUUUGUACUUCUAUUCUUAUAGUGACUCACCUCCUGUUGAGUAUGGUAGUAAAUCAUCAAGUCACCUAAGAGGGAACAAAGAUGACGAUGAAUCUUCCCCCUUACUUGGAGGAGUAGAGGACAGUGCUAUACCAAAGAGCAUUCCAGUCUGUGAUGAUCGUCUAUCCGAGCUGAUUCCUUGUUUGGACAGAAACCUCAUAUACCAAACAAGAUUGAAGCUUGAUUUGUCCUUGAUGGAGCACUAUGAGAGACACUGCCCAAUACCUGAGAGGCGUUAUAAUUGUUUAAUUCCUCCUACUCCAGGUUACAAGAUUCCAAUUAAGUGGCCCAAAAGCAGAGACCAAGUAUGGAAGGCAAAUAUACCUCACACCCAUCUUGCAACUGAGAAAUCUGACCAGAACUGGAUGGUUGUGAAAGGUGAAAGAAUAGUUUUUCCUGGUGGAGGAACCCAUUUCCACCAUGGUGCUGAUAAAUAUAUUGCAUCAAUUGCUAAUAUGCUCAAUUUUCCAAAUAAUAAUAUAAACAAUGGAGGAAGAAUCCGGACUGUUUUUGAUGUUGGCUGUGGAGUUGCAAGCUUUGGAGGAUAUCUUCUUUCUUCUAAUGUAAUAGCAAUGUCAUUAGCACCAAAUGAUGGUCAUGAAAAUCAAAUUCAGUUUGCUUUAGAGAGAGGAAUUCCAGCAUAUCUUGGUGUCUUAGGGACCCUAAGACUCCCUUAUCCCAGUAGAUCUUUUGAAUUUGCUCAUUGUUCUCGCUGUAGAAUCGAUUGGCUUCAGAGAGAUGGUUUACUUCUUCUUGAGCUAGAUAGGAUACUGAGGCCAGGAGGCUACUUUGCAUACUCAUCUCCUGAAGCCUAUGCACAGGAUGAAGAGGAUAGGAGAAUAUGGAGAGAAAUGAGUGCUCUUGUAGAGAGGAUGUGUUGGAAAAUAGCUGCUAAGAGGAAUCAGACUGUUAUUUGGGUCAAACCUCUUACAAAUAGCUGCUACUUAAAGAGAGAACCUGGUACUCAACCUCCACUAUGCAGAUAUGAUGAUGAUCCUGAUGCUGUUUGGGGAGUUAAAAUGAAAGCUUGCAUUUCGCGUUAUUCAGAUCAAAUGCACAAAGCAAAAGGAAGUGGUUUGUCUCCAUGGCCAGCUCGAUUGACGACUCCACCUCCUCGUCUGGCUGAAAUUAACUAUUCUGCUGAAAUGUUUAAGGAGGACAUGGAAGUUUGGAAAGAACGAGUUCAUAAUUACUGGAGCAAACUAGGCAGUAGAAUAAAGGCAGACACAAUUCGGAAUGUGAUGGAUAUGAAGGCAAAUUUGGGUUCAUUUGCAGCUGCUUUGAAGGACAAAGAUGUUUGGGUUAUGAAUGUGGUGCCAGAAAACGGGUCAAACACACUCAAGAUAGUAUACGACAGAGGACUCAUAGGAACAACUCACAACUGGUGUGAAGCUUUUUCAACCUACCCUCGAACUUAUGAUCUACUCCAUGCAUGGACUGUAUUUUCUGAUAUUAUUAAGAAAGAAUGCAGUCCAGAGGAUUUAUUAAUUGAGAUGGAUAGGAUUUUGAGGCCAAAAGGUUUCAUCAUUGUACAUGAUAAGCGAUCAGUGGUAGACUAUAUAAAGAAAUACUUGCCAGCGUUACACUGGGAGGCUGUGACCAUAUAUAAUGUAGAUCAAGGUAAGGAUGAUGCAGUGUUUAUAAUUCAAAAGAAAAUGUGGCUCACAAGUGGUAGCAUUCGGGUUUCAGAAUCAGAAUCAGAAUAGUGUCAUUACCAAUGCUAGGUGUAAGAUGCCCACACUAUCUACUUAGGGUCUAAGCUUUUAGGAUUUUUUUUUUUGGAUUUUAUUCUGUUCACCACAGCCGUAAGUCACAGUGAUAGCUCACCCAAUUUAUCUUAUCUUUAUUCUAAUUUAUUCAAUUCUAGACACUUCAACCUUUUUAUCCAGUAUGAAGAAUUAUGCCGAUUUUUAAAUUAAUUUUUACAUUUACAGGAUAUUUUUUAGUUUUAUUUUUACAUUUUUAUUCUGUUAUGGAAUCCUGUCUCUCAUUAACGUGUAUGGCCUAAAUGGAAAUGCAUGCAGCAAUUAAUAAUAAUGUAGUAGUCAGCAUC